AUAAAACCCAAUGCUACAUGUGUUCUUACUCGAGAGCAACGAGCUCUUAUCUGUCAGUGGCUGAAGGAAUUGAGAUUCCCAGAUGGCGUCUCUUGCCAAUUGCUUUCCGUGAUUUCCUCAUAGAUGAAGUUUGGGGUCCCUUAACGGAGAUGAGUAACUUUUUUAGAGCUUUAACUGCUCCGAUUAUUCAAGUCAGUAACAUGGAGAUGUGGGAGAAAAAAAUUGUUGAGACCAUUCGCAAGUUAGAGAAAGUAUUCCCGCCAGCAUUCUUUGACUCGAUGGAGCAUUUGGCUAUCCUCCAUCUACCAUAUGAGGCAAAAGUUGGAGAACCUAUCCAAUUUCGUUGGAUGUAUCCUUUUGAAAGGGGAGAAGAAGUGGUGAUUAGUGAGGUUAUGCAAUUGCCAUAUGUGACAGAGGAAGAAUGUGUGGGUGAGGAUGAUGAUGAAGAGGAAGAGUUUGAUGGAACGGAAACAUCAGAAGAAGAAGUUCCAAAUUACUUAACCAAGAAUGAUAAUAUGAGACGAGGUACGCGAGGUGCAUCUUCUUCUAGACAACAGAUUUCCAAUUUGACUCAGCUUCCCACACAGCUGCAACAAGAGCAACCCACUGUUUCUCAGCCACCAUUGGCCAAUGAGCAGUUCACUGGUAAUGAUGCAACAAUGGAGGAGGACACUGAAGAGCGUAAUUUGGAGGCUGAGUUAGAUGCUGAGUUUGCUGUGCUUGAUCCUGAGUUAGAUGCUCAGCUGGAGGAGCAGCUAUCACGUGCUGUCCCAAAGACAGGACGUGGCAUGGAUAAAGGAGAUGACGCUCUUACAGACCCGAGUCAAAGGAAGGUGCUUAGCCUUAAUCGCCGAGGCACAUUUAGCCACGAGAGGUUUGGGAGGACUGCCAUAGUAAUUUGGAAGUACUUGUAUGAUGAGCCAGUGCUUUUCUGGUCUAGCUGGCCUGAGGAAAAAAAGAGGGUUGCUUGGGAGAAUUUUCAGGUAUGAAAAUUAUAGAAUAAAAUGAAGUAUUUUUU